AAGCGUGAGGAUCAGUUGGUCCGGAAUUGUGCUCGAAACUGGUUGUGUGCAUGCCGUUGGUCCUGUGUGGAUUGAGAUCUAGCAGAAGGCAAAAUCUGUUGGGAUUGUGGCAUUCAUAAAAGUAGUACUACCGGGAAGUGAAACUGUUUCACGGUUGUGGUUUCGCUUCCGCUUUGGGGAUUGCAAUUGAAAAAGCAAGGUUUCAAUUUCUCCCAGCAAUUCUUUAUAAGAUGAGUCGGAAGGGAAUAAAAUUAAAAUAAGACGAGAGCAGAGAGUUGUAAAACGACUUCGUAAUGCUUGUGCAUCGAGGUACAGAUGAAAGCCACAAACUACUAGGUAGUGGUUGUAGUUUAACGGACUAUUUAGUUCUGUGAAAGUGCAUUCUGGAGCGUCUUGAAAAUGCUCACUGUUUUUUUUUUAUUUGAAGAAAAGAAAAUUAUUCAAGUGCUACUUGGAGCAGAGUGGAAAAGAAAAGCAACGCUGCGGAGAGUUGCAUUAAAAAGUUGGCUGUAAUUGAAAAGUGCAUAAUAAACAAAACAAGCAAGGUUCAUUAAUGGGUAAAAUGUGGUCGUCACUUUGAACCAGUGUAGAUGCAAAAAAGUGGCAUUAGCACAAUGUGGAAAAAUUACAACCUUUUCUCGUUAGACCUCAUACAGUAUGCAAAGGCCAUGUGAGAGGAUAAACUAGUGGUGUAAAUUAUCUGAGUAUUCAACACCUCAUGUCACCAUCGUAUGGGCAUGAAUGGCCCAACGAAAGAGGAUACACCAGAAGUGUCCUAUACUUGGUAGCCAUCAUCAUAAGGAAUAGUAUUUUUCCAUUCAUCAGCCGUUUGCAGCAUCCCAUCACUUGUGCAGUGUAAUAGCCAUAAAAAAAAAAAGAAAAACCUAAGGAGAGCCGGACGUACAACAGUUCCGUUUCCGUUUGCAUCAUUUUUCAAAAAGUGCUGCUCCAGACAAAGUGAAAAUUAAUCUUCCGUUUCGGCGUGUGUAUGUGUCCGUUUAAUUCGCGUUGUAUCACCAGCACAGGGCAGCGACAGCUAACAAGCAGACAAGGUUGUGUGUUGUUACAUGGGACCAACUUGUUGCUCGAAAAAGUGCCAACCCGGGUGAAAGCUAAGCAACAGCAAAGUACAGGAAAAUAGCUAGGAUCUAUACGUUUAGUACACUAGACUGAGGAUGGAACGUUGAACGUUGACAUCUGGUACCAGCAGAAAGAAGGACGAAGGAUACCUCAAGGUGCUUUUGUACUGCUCACGGUGGAGUUGUAAAAACAGAACAGAAAGGAAAAGCGGGAGGAAAACCAAAUCUGCUAAUCCAGUGAGCUGCUGAACGGCGACGUUCCAUUGGCUGCUCGGUCAUGAACGAAGGCAAAUAUUUACUGUAACGGAAAAUUUAUGGUAACGUCAUGUCCCACGACUGAAAUAAUCAAUAUGUCAAUUGAUGCUGCUGUAGCUGGUGGUGCUGGUGGUGAUGGGUCUAAUGUCUUCAGUCGAUUAUCGACAUCCGGUGCAGCGACACUGGGGACAAGUGGGACGGCUGGCGAGCAGCAGCACAAGCGGUACUACUUCGACGACAGUGAAGACGAAACCACGGCGUCGAAACAGCAAUUUUACAGCCUGCAUCAUCCCCAAAGCCAGCCAGGACCACUGUUGAUGGGUGAAAACAUCACGGCAGCAUCCAGCAUGUACUCCUCGCUGGACGCCAGCAUGUACAGUCCGAUAGAGACGGAAAAUGACACCGACUUUUAUUACGUGGGUGGUGGUCUCGGAUUUUCCGGUGGUCACAACGGCACGCUUCUACUCAACGGUGAAGACUAUCACAGUUGCAUGGGAAUGGAAGGAAAUGUUUCCUACUUGAACGUGUCGUGUGAGACUAUUCUCAACUACAGCAUCCCACUGUACGGCUACUGCACACCGAUCUUCAUCCUAAUUACACUGACUGCCAACUCUUUAAUCGUGAUUGUCCUGAGCAAACGCAGCAUGGCCUCUCCUACCAACUUUGUUCUGAUGGCGAUGGCACUUUGCGACAUGUUUACUCUGUUAUUUCCGGCACCCGGCCUACUGUACAUGUACACGUUCGGCAAUCAUUACAAGCCAUUAUCGCCCAUCGCCGCCUGCUAUGUGUGGAAUGCUCUGAAUGAGAUCCUUCCGGCAAUGUUCCACACGGCAUCGGUUUGGCUGACGUUGGCGCUUGCAGUGCAGAGGUACGUGUACGUCUGUCAUGCCCCAAUCGCCCGGACGUGGUGCACAAUCCCGAGGGUGAAAAAGUGUAUCGCCUACAUCUGUCUAGCUGCAUUAAUUCAUCAGAGCACCAGAUUUUUCGAUAAAUCCUACAGCUUGGUGCAGAUCGAAUGGAACGGGCAGCUUACCGAAGUGUGUCACACGGACACCGCCGGCUGGGUGCACGAUUACGUCGGCGAGGACUUUUACUACACGUUUUAUUUUUCGUUCCGAAUACUGUUCGUGCACCUGAUCCCGUGCGGCAGCCUGGUGGCGUUGAACGUUCUGCUGUUCAAAGCGAUGCGACAAGCCCAGCAAAAGCGCGAAAGGCUCUUCAAGGACACUGCCAAAAAGCGCGAAUGUAAACGGCAGAGGGACUCGAACUGUACCACGCUGAUGCUCAUCGUCGUUGUAACUGUGUUCCUAAUCGUUGAAAUUCCACUCGGUGUGAUAACGGCCUUACACAUAAUUUCCUCGCUCAUCUACGAGUUUUUAGACUACUACAUUGCAAACUUGUUUAUUCUUUUUGCAAACUUUUUCCUCAUCGUCAGUUACCCUAUCAAUUUCGCCAUUUACUGCGGGAUGUCGCGCCAGUUUCGGGAGACCUUCAAAGAAAUCUUUGUCAAAUCUAGCAAACAAAUCCCAGGUGGCAGCAGCAAGAAAGAUUGCGGAUCAUCGCGAUACUCCCUGGUCAACGGACCUCGGACAUUCACCAACGAGACGGUACUAUAACCUUAAGCUAACUCUCCAAGUGAAUUGAGAGACAAUGCGUCUCCAUCGAGUUCGAAAGAACAGAAAAACACAAACAAAAAGUGAAUACGUACCACCCAUCCCUUAACCCCUCCAAUAAAAAAAA